CAUGGUAACAAGGAGCUCUUGGUGAGGACGCUGACACUCUGGGUCCCGGGAGGAUCUCGGUAAGGAGGGCUCUGCCACGCCCGGGUCUUCGCUUACGGGCCCUCCCAUGGCUUCCCAGGAGAGGGUGGACUCAGUGACAAAAGAAACCGGGUUCCGCCGCUGCCGUAAGCAAGCAGCUUACACGCCAGGGACCUGUGAGCUGCUCAGAGUGAUGAUGAAGGAGUCCAAACUGACAAACUUCCAGCAACGCCACAUCAUGGACACCAUGAAAAGAGGAGCCCCUCUGCCCCUGCAGUGCCACCCAACAUCCAGCCAGAGGGGCUCUCCCUCCAAGAAGUCAGCUGCAGCUGUCUACCUGCCUCCCAUCCUGGCCACCCACUCUCACCUCCGGCCCGCCAGCUUGUGUCAAGCCAAUGGGGCAUACAAUCGCGAGCAAUUCAAGCCUCAGGCCACCAGAGAUCUGGAGAAAGAGAAACGAAGACUCCAAAAUAUCUUUGCCAAUGGGAAGGACAUGGCGGAACGGAAAAAGGCUCCCCAUGUGCGGCAAGAAGACCCAGCUCCUGAGCUGGACCGCUUUGACGAGCUGGUGAAGGAAAUCCAGGACAGGAAAGAAUUCUUGGCUGCCAUGGAGGCUCUGGGACAGGGCAAGCAAUACCGAGGAAUCAUCCUGGCUGAAAUCUCCCAGAAACUGCGGGAGAUGGAGGACAUUGACCGCAGGAGGAGCAAGGAGCUUAGGAAGGCCCUCGCCACCACUUAACCCAGGACAAGGGCGGGCUUGCCCAGUCAGACUGCCAACCCAGCACAACAGCCAGAACCAGAGCCCUUCACUCGGCCAAGCAGUGUCACCCCCAGGCUUGCCCACCCACAGGGGCCAUGCCACAUCAUGACAUGGCACUGUCCUGGGGCAUGAGACAGUGUCCUAGACGCUGCCUUGGGAUGUAGAGGCCUCAGUGGGACUUCCGAGUAUUGUCACAGCUACUGUGUUGAAGCCUUCUCUAGGGGAAGCCCCAGGCACACCAUGGUGAUGCCCAGGCUCACCACCUUGGACAUGUGCCUAAGGGUACCCUCUCUCUGGCUCUCCUGAUGUCACAACUGGCCUCAGGUGCUCUCUGUUUUGCCUUUCUAAACCUAAAAGUGAACAUGAUUCUUCCCUUCCUUAGAACUUCCUCUUAGGAUCUAAGUCUUUGGCUUCUUGUAGCCUUGGGCAGAUAUUUAACCACAAUGAUUAACUGGCCAAUAAAAUACAUUUCACUUGCCUGUGA